AUGGCAUCGGAUAAUCAAAUCUCCACCAUUAUCUCUAAGUUCGAGCUGCAGAGAGUCCUGUAUGAGGAUCCUCGAUCAAAGUUAUGUAAUGCAUUGGGCGUCUGUCACAUAGAUGACAAUGAAGUACCAGCGCUCCUGCUAAUGGAGAAAACGCACUACACGCCGGCACUGUAUGAGACACUUCGGCAGGGCAUCGCAUCUACAUUCCCACGUAUUGAAGUCAUUGGACAAAAUGAUAUUUACGUCUGGUUAUUUGGAUGGGAGCAAGAGGAGGCGUGUCGAGAAGCAAAUACUAAGAUGACUCUUAUAUGUCCAGCGUCAGACGAGCUCAUCGCCAAAUACUCGGCACCGCAGCGACGCAUGCUGAUUGAGAGUCCACACAUGUACAAGGCAGUGACUAAGCCAUGGAUUGACUCGAUUCCUGCAUCCAAAACGACUUGGGUUCAUAAUAUUCUGGAAGGCCAUUCAGAGGCAGACUCAGUCCUUUAUUCGGAUCAUGAUCCACGACACGGUUUCGUGAUCCUGCCCGACAUGAAAUGGGACCGACGUACCUUAUCUUCGCUGUAUCUUGUAGCGAUUGUGCGCGAUGCAUCACUCACAAACCUGCGCGACUUGAGAAAGGAACAUAUUCCUCUGCUCCGCAGCAUUCAGCGUGCCGGUGCUCAAGUAGCGCACAACUGUUUCGGACUGGCAAAACCAAGUGAAGACGGAUCAUCUUCUCCGCUCCGAUGCUUUUUACAUUACAUGCCAACGUAUUUUCAUCUUCACGUUCACAUGCUAUCUGCAAACUAUGUGUCACAUCCUGGUGCUUUGGUAGGCCAAGCGCAACUGUUGGACGACAUUAUCAGCUUGCUUGAACUUGGCGUGGACUUUCGUGAGCGGACACUCGGCUACGCUCUCGCUGAUGGCCAUCCAUUGCUCCAUGCGAUGCAAAUGUCGGGGUUCGCUUUAUAG